AAGCUUCUUGCAUAGUGUGGCCUCCUUCUAGGUGGCAAGUGAUAUCAAGCGCUCUACCUGCUUCCAGAGUUCCUUUAAAUAUUAAGCCUAUAAUAAGGGGAUUCUAACAAAUUGCUAAAAAUUAAAUAUACAAAUAAAUAGUACAAAUAAAGCAUAAAAAUGAGGGCCAUAUCAUUGGUAAAAAAAAUUGAGUUUGAAUUUGCUGGAAAUGUCUCCCGGAAUGCUUUAACUUUAGGAGAUGUAGAUAAUGAUGGAUGUAUUGAGCUUGUUAUAGGAAAUAAUGAAGGAGAAGUUGCCAUUUUUAAGGGAACCGAGAGAUUACAAACAAUAUCAGAUCUUACAUUUAUCGCAUGUGUAGCAGUUGGGGAUGUUAAAAAUGAAGAUAAAAAUAGCCUGGUUGUGGUAACUGCUGAUGGUUGGUGUUAUAUUUAUGAUGUUCUCAGUGAAACUCCUGAUGUUAGCCUGGAUGAACCUAUUACUAUUAAUGAGGCUGAGAUGGGAGAAAGUAUAGAUGAAGUAGAUGGGCAAGGCCAAUCUUCCUCAAAUGCUCCCACUACCAACACUGAAACCCAAAGUAGCAGUGAGUCCACAUUUGAUGAAGGGAAAAACAGCUUGAAGAAGGAACCAGAACUGAAGAAUCCACUUAAUUGUGUUCAUAAGCAACGGAUACCUGCAAAUGUAAAAAAUAUAAUGCUAGCUGAUGUAGAUGGAGAUGGUCAAAUUGAAAUGGUCGUCGGCUUGACUGACAGAGUCGUUCGAUCUUACAGGUUUAUGAAACACGCUGAUAACAGUGCUGUGGAUUUGGUUGAAGAAGGUGAUGGGUCAGAGGAGAAACUUUUAGGUACACUAGUUGCUCUAAACAAGUGGGAAUGUGCCAAUCAAAUAGGAUCGCUAACUUUGCAUCAUUCUUUCGACGGGCAACCUUUUAUUUUGGUUGCUCAACCCGGUGGCACUUUUAUGAGAAUCAAGUGCCAAUGUGAGGAUGGCGAUCAUGAAGGUCUUGCAGGAAGCAAUAAGUCUAGUAAUGAUGUACUGCCUAGCUCUGUCGAUUAUGAGUUUUUGGGAAUAUCUAGGAUGCGAAAUCCAAAUAUUUCAACCGAAAUAAUUGGUGAUUUAAAUUCCUGCAGUAAUCAGACAAACUGUGAGGACCCGAAACAUUCGGAUGAAGAUAAGGAGCUGUUUAAGAAUCGACCAUACGCUUUAGCCACUUUAGAUGGCACUAUUAUGUUGGUACAAGAUGAAGUUAUAUUAUGGGCAAUUGCUGUAGAUCACCAAAUAUUCGCCUUGAACAAACUGGAUAUAACAAAAGAUGGUCGGGAUGAUAUUGUGGUUUGUGCUUGGGAUGGUCAAACUUACAUUUUGGAUCAACACAAAAAUUCAGUGAGAUUUCACUUGGAAGAACCAGUUCGAGCCUUUCAUAGUGGAUGGUAUAAUGUGGACGUUGAGGAGCCGGCAGUUACUGCUUUAGUUUACGUCACCUUCAAAAAUACGAUUAUUCUCUAUUACGACAUCCCUCUGAAACACAUGGUUUGCAAAAAAUUCGAACCAAAUGCAGCUAAGCUCAGCGAGCUUUUCAUUGACAAAGACCGAAACCAGCAACAAGCCCUGGAACAUGUGGUUAACAUGGACAAGAGGACUAAACGUGAAUUAGUAGAGUAUCUGUUAUAUGAUGCGCGAUAAAAGCAUUAAUAUUAUUUGUUUUCUUUAUAUAUAACGGUUUAUUGAAAAAAUUAUACCAGUUUUUGGGAGUAUUUAUUUAAUAUACGUUUUUUGCGAUAA